UUAAACUGUUAGCAAAUUGACCUAUUAUAAUUACACAAUUACAAUUCCAAGAACAUAAGCAGUGCAGUACUGAGUGUUGUAUAUUGCAGAACAUUCAGAAUUGGAAAUCAAAUUUCGUGAGAAAACUUAAGUUGCGCAAAGUGAAACUAAUCCCCUUCUGCAUGUUGAGAAACCUCAGGUCACUCAGUAAUAUUGACAAAAAACGAAAAAACACCAAAACUGAUGACCGCAGAAAAUUUAUUAGGGAGAACUUUUCAAAGUCCAUUUUUAAAAAAUCAAUUAUGACAAAAAUCAACCUCUUGGUAUCUUUUUGUGUUCUUCUUCUGUGUAUUUUUUGAAUUUUUAUGAGAGCUGCUUCCUUGCUACUUUUACUUUUGAUGACCUCAACAUGAAUAAAGGUCACAAAUAUUGAGUCACAUGCACCUCCUGUCAAAUCAAUGCCCAAUCAAUGGCUCUAAUGAUUAACAGAUGGGUGUGGUGUUUGGGGGUCUCCCAUAUUUAGGAGCAGAAAAGCAAAACACACACUGAUUAUUAUACAUACUGGUCCAAUCAUGGCCAGGGUCUACAUCAGCAUAGCUUUACUCUUACUACUGUGUGUACUCACUGCAUUCGGACAGGACUUUUAUAUAAUCACAGAAACAGACGACACUGGUGAUUAUGAGUAUUAUUACGAUUUUCCCACUGAAAUCCCUGCAGAAGAUUUUGACUUGCCUCUUGAUGACUGGUUGUAUGAACUCCUGGAUAUCACAGAUCAGUGUGAUCCAAACCCAUGUUUGAAUGGAGGACUGUGCGACACCACUGCUGAUGGAGGCUUCAUCUGCACAUGCCCUGAGCCUUAUUCAGGAAAGAAGUGUCAGACAGUGAAGAAUGUUUGUAAGACUGCGAAAUGUGGCCAUGGCAGCUGCGUUGUCACAUCAGCUGCUCCCUUCUAUGAGUGCAAGUGCAAGCCUCCAUACAAACCCCCCAACUGCAAGAAAGCCUCCCCCUGCAGGCCCAAUCCCUGUCAGAAUGGAGGCUCUUGCUUGAAGGGUCCCAAACGCUCUUCCUUCCUCUGUUCUUGCCCUGAUGGGUACAGCGGAAAGUUCUGUGAAGUUGGACCAAAUGAUUGUUACCAAGAGGACGGAGAGUCUUACCGUGGCAUGGUGAGUGUGACAGUUGAAGGGGAACAGUGUCUGGAUUGGAAUUCCUAUUUCAUCCUGCAGAAAGGGGGGAAUCCCUUCAAAGAGUAUGCAGGCUAUGAUGGACUUGGGCCACAUAAUUACUGCAGGAACCCUGAUGGAGACGAUCAGCCCUGGUGCUUCAUUAACAAGAAUGAUAAAUUGAAGUGGAACUAUUGCAAAGUCAGGAAAUGCUCUGGAGCUACACACACCCCACCAACCAUCCAUGAAACAGAUCCAACUCCAUCCAAGGCAGACAUCACUGAGGCACAAUUCUCCCAGUGCGGGAGGCUGCAGCCCAGCCGCUCAGCCAGGAUCUUCGGAGGGAAGAAGUCUCUUCCUGGGGCUCACCCUUGGCAGGUGUCCUUGCAGACCAGAGCCAAAGGUUCCUCCGGGCCCUUCAGCCACAUCUGUGGAGGCAUCCUUCUCGAGUCCUGCUGGGUGCUCACUGCUGCACACUGCAUAAAAAGCGGGGUGGAAAUGCAGGUGGUCCUGGGAGGAGUGGACAUAGAGAAGGUUGAAGUAUACGAUCAGGUCAUUCCAGUGGAGAAGGCCAUUGUGCAUGAGGAUUACAAGGAGAGCCCCUUUGCUCUUCAUAAUGAUAUUGCCAUGCUUCAGCUGAAAGUCAUGGACAAACCGUUCUGCGCCAAAGAAACCCGCUUUGUGAAGACAGCCUGCCUGCCAAACCAGCCUUUCGACAGCGGCACCGAGUGUGUGAUCUCAGGGUGGGGCGUCACUGAAACACAGAAGUACGGCACAAACCAGCUGCUGGACGCUCGUGUCCUCCUGAUCCCCCAGGAGAAAUGUAAAGCUCCCCACGUUUACGGAGACUCGCUGGAUGACAGCAUGUUCUGUGCAGGCAGCAUGAAAGGAGGCGUUGACUCCUGCCAGGGCGACUCCGGCGGCCCUCUGGUGUGUGAGCGUAAUGGGACCCACUAUGUUGUCGGAGUGGUGAGCUGGGGCGAUGGCUGCGGCAAGAAGUACAAGCCUGGUGUCUACACCAACGUUAGCAGGUUCAUUGACUGGAUCGCUUAUCAUUUACUCUCAUGAGGUUGGAUGUGGCCAGAACCUUCUGUUUAAGUGACUGCCAGACAAGCAGCUAGUGACUCUGCAGUGUCCUGUUGUUUCAUUCACACAGUGGAUUUCUGAAUCCAACGCAUUUGUCAAU